AUGCAAUGCAGCAAUGAUAUUGAUCAAUUGUAUGAUACACUUGGCAUGGUUAUCAAUAUAUUCGACGGUACAAAUGAGCAGAACGGAAAAGAGAAGCUCGAACGAAUAUCGUCUAUUGCUUUAAACGUCGAUGAAGAAAGCAAAACAAUGUUAAAGGAUGGUAAAAAAUCUUUUAAAGAAGUAAGAAAAUCGAACGAUGAAUUGAGAUUAGUGGAUGAGUAUUUUCAUUCAAGUAUUCCAAUAAUUCAUCAAUCACCGUUUAAUAAGGAAGCGAUUCGACGUCUUCCCAUCCUAUCUGAUCUUAUAAAGAAUAAAUCAAAGAAUAAGAAAAUCGACAAUCCAUUAUUUUCACCAUCAACAAUUCGUAUAAUUUAUCGAUGUUGGGCAUAUCUACCUCUAUGGACAGGCAAAUCGACGGAUAUUAAUGAUGAACGAAGUAAAAUUCCAAUUGAAUUCGACUUGAACAUGUAUUCACAUUCUCCAAUUCCAAACAGUUCAAGUUCUGCGAACGACGGUAUUCAAUAA